UUGUAGGUGGGAUGCUCAGCAGCAGGACUGGCGGAGUUUGUGUUUGCACCCUGCUCCGAUGCUGAUUCGGCAUGAGGCGCUUCCUGCACACGCUUGGCGUUGCUUCGCUUCAACAAAAGACAGAAAAACAAAACGGGAUCUCGGAGUAAUUUGUUCACAUCCUCUGCGUUGCGUUUGUAAAAAGGAUGAUUGUGUCUCUUCCUCGCUGCAGUAAUUAGAUGAAAGCAUUGAGGCGAGCUGAUAAGAGAGCGUCUGCAAACAGGUGUUUCCAUCCAAACGCUUUGUGCUGAGCUUCUUUCACGACUAUACGUCCGAUUUCCAUGUGCGUGGCUGUGUAGUUUGGUGGGAUGAUGCCAAACCCCUAACAGAGACUGGGGUUUUGUUCACUGUGACACCAAGAAGAUGAUACGUUGGGAUGGACGCGCAACGUGUUUUGGUGAAAGUCUUUUUUUGCAGCUUCGGGUGGAACGUGUCAUUUUUCAUUUUUUGCUGACUUUAACCCUUUUCUUGGAGAUGCAAAGGACAAUUUUCGAAUAACGCCUUUAAUUUGCGAAAUGAUCCAGUGGGACAUCAUCUAAGUUACGGGUCUUUACUGCAGCGCUCUUUCAUUUCCACUGUUUGGUGUACUUUCCAAAUUCUCCUCUGAACACAUCGCUGCGGUGCCACAUAGGCUACUAUCAUCCGGACUUUUCCUCUCUAGAAUCCGGGUUUCUGGAUUCGCAGGAGUGAGAGGACUCACGCUUCUCUGGAAGUUGUUUCCAGAGCGCUGUCAAACUGGCCAUGGCGGCUGCUAUAGCCAGCUCCCUCAUCAGGCAGAAGAGGCAGGCGAGGGAGCGGGAGAAGUCUAACGCCUGCCGCUGCGUGAGCAGCCCCAGCAAAGCCAAGGGAAGCUGCGAAAAACCCAGUCGACUGAACGUUUUCUCACGGGUCAAACUCUUUGGUUCCAAGAAGAGGCGAAGGAGGCGACCAGAGCCCCAGCUGAAGGGGAUCGUGACGAAGCUGUACAGUCGACAAGGCUUCCACCUGCAGUUGCAGGCAGAUGGAACCAUCGAUGGAACAAAAGAGGAGGACAGUAGUUACACCAUGUUCAACCUCAUUCCAGUGGGGCUGCGGGUGGUGGCCAUCCAGGGGGUGCAGACCAAACUAUAUCUGGCUAUGAACAGUGAGGGCUUCCUUUACACAUCGGAACACUUUACACCAGAGUGCAAAUUCAAGGAGUCGGUGUUUGAGAACUACUACGUGACAUACUCCUCCAUGAUAUACCGGCAGCAGCAGUCGGGCAGGGGCUGGUACCUCGGUCUGAACAAGGAAGGAGAAAUCAUGAAGGGGAACCAUGUCAAGAAGAACAAGCCAGCAGCCCACUUCCUUCCCAAACCUCUAAAAGUGGCAAUGUACAGAGAGCCAUCCCUCCAUGACUUGACAGAGUUUUCCCGUUCGGGCAGCGGCACACCCACCAAGAGUCGGAGUGCCUCGGCUGUUCUCAACGGAGGCAAAGGCAUGAGCCAGAAUGAGUCGACGUAGCCCGGUAAUCAAACCCAGGACUGGGGCCGAACCACGAAACCUUACCUCUUGCAGAGCGUGAAUCCAAGCAGACCUGUUUCUCCAUUCAGCGGUUCAGGACUGACUACAGCAACAAUCCACACAUAAAUGCACAGAUGUCAUCAAUGAAAACUGUUAGGUACCAUGCUGUUCUAUCAUCUUAGAAUUUAAAAAAAAAAAAAAAGGAAAAAAAUCAAUAAUAAUAAACUUCACAUCACAUAGAUCAUUCUGGACUUAUAAAAAUAAAUCUAAAACUUGUUUUUGGGCUUGUGAUUUAUUUAUCACCUUAGUCAAGCUCUUUUGGUGAUGUUUGCCUACCAUUUAGCUCAUUUAUCUCAUUCUUUUUUUCUUGUUACUUCAUUUCUAUAAGUUUUUUCAAGGUUAUGCAGACACCAAGCGCUCGUGCAUUUGUCAGGCAGGGAAAGGAAGUUAGAUAUGCAGGUUUUCCGGGCAGCCAGUAAUGGUGCUGGACAACAGGGCUGCAGUGGCACAGUAAAAGCCCCGAUCGCUGUCUCAUCCAUGCUUCUGUGAAUACAAAGCCUAUAAACUCCCUGGUACGGCCCAGCCUAGUGCUACUGGUCAGCCAGAUGGUAGCUCUCCUGCGUCCUAGUGCACACGCUCAGAGACUCAGCUCUCUAGCAUGGGAAAAUGAAGCCUAUGUUCACUCAACCUGAAAUAUAAAGGGGCAGUGUGGCUUUUUCUUGCAUUUUUUUUUCAGUGACGCCACAACUGCGCCUUAUUUCUCUUUUCUUUUUCUUUUUUUUUUAACCAAUUUUCUAAAUUAGCUGAGAGCUUCUUAUUUGAUAACUGAUUUUGUUUUGUCCCCUCUUGUUCUCUGCCGUCCUCGCCAUUGUUAAUUAUUAGUAUUUCUUGUUCGUUAUUGAAAUGGGUCCCAGCAAACCAAAGACAGAUCGAAAGAGUGUCCCUUUAAGCUGCUGAAAAACCAGGCCAAUAUAAAGGCAAAGCUGGAUUUAUUUAUUUUUUAUUAUUAUUAUUUUAUUUUUUUGUAUUGUGCAUUCUCAAAGCUGGAAAGUAAAGAUUUUGUGAAAAAAGAACAAUAGACGAAGAAGGUUAUUUGGGUUACUUUGGCACAGGCAGCAGGUUUAAUGUUUUGCUCAAUGACGAAGGGAUGGAAUGACUAUUCAGUGUCCCCAUUACCUUAUUUUAUCACUAUGUCACAAUGUCUCCACGUGUCCUCUACAGGUGUCCUCGUGAUCUGUCCCCCCCUCUGUGCUUGUGUCAUUCAAUUCCCCGCCAUACCCUUUUUUGUCAACUUCUAUUGACGGAUACAGCUCACCAUAAAAUGUGGUGGAAGCCCUUUCCCAGGAUGCUUGUUAUGUGUUUGAGUAAGUUAUCGUGGUGACAAUAUUUUCUAUAUCUAAAAAAAAAAAAAAAAAAGACAAACAAACAAAAAAAAAAAUACUGUGGACUUUUAGGUGGCUUAACAUUUUAUAGGACA